CCAGUUCGUAAAUACGAUUUGAGCAUGCGCGAGUCUCCGUAGUACCACUUCCGGGGCAUGUCAAUAUUACCAAGAUUUCGAGCUGCAGUGGCGAAGCCGUGGUACCCGCACGAUGUUUUCUGGUAUUGACGUGAACUUUUGUCUUUUAUUUACGUCUUUCAAAAAAGAACCGCGCAGAAAAGGGACACCAAACGAUCAAUGAUUUGCACUGAAUUCCAUAAUUUUGACUGUUUUCCUCAGAUUUAAAUUCUGAUACUUUUAUUUACUUUUACGGCUAUUUAUAGCCCUUCUCUCUCGAAGCAGUGCACUGGAAUACAGCACAUAUUUCUAUUUGUGGGACAACGGUCAUUAGAGCUCUCUGGUGUCGUCAAAUUUAUUGCCAUGGGAUUGAUCUGCUGCAUGGUUGGCUGCUCCAGCAGCUCUUACCAGUUGAAUAAGUGGUACUCCCAACUCUGUGAAAUACACGGACUUAAAUUUGGGAGCUGCAUAUGAAAGCCUCCAUUUCAACUAUUUACAUUUCCUUUGGAAAGCAAAGAUCCUGAUGCUCGGAGAAGAUGGAUUAGAAUCGUGAAUAGGCAGACAGAAAAGGCUCGUCAUUGGAAACCAAAACCGUGCCAUAGGGUAUGCUCCUUUCAUUUUAAUGAUAACGAGCCAACAUCUGCAUGGCCUGAUCCAACAAUGAAACUUGGUUAUGAGCUAGACAAAUCUAAACGAGCAAAAUCUCCAAGAGCGGCACCAAAAGAGAGACCUUCUUACUCUGAAGUGGUGAAGCAACAAAGACAGAAACGCAAGCGGAAACAUGUAGCUCCCCACACUGACUCGAUGCCAGAAAUCGAAGUAACGGAUCCUGUACAUGAUACAGUUUCUCAAGUUGAGUGUGAAGACCACUUAGGUAUUCCAGAAGCGGUACCAUAUUUGAAACCACUCCUGCAAGAUCAUGACUAUAUCAAUACUACAUGGGAUAGCACUCCUCCUGCAAAGAAAUCGAGACCAGAAUCUACAUGUACAUCAAGAAAUGGCAUUGCUCUUCAUGACCAUGACUAUGCUGAACCGUCAACAUCAUCAUCUGAGAAUUGUAGUGAGUGCAGCAAACAAGAAGACCAGCUAAUGGAAACAAAUGAGAAGUUGAAGAAACUUGAGCAAAAAAUAAAGAACCUGAAAAGGUUGCCAAAGCGGAGUGUAUCGUAUGAUAUACCUAAUGUAGUUCUCGAGUCUGAUAAAACAGUGAAGGACUAUACUGGAAUAGAGAGUAGAGAUAAAUUUGUAGCACUUCAUACAUAUGUAGAACCAAGAGUGAAAAAGCUACGUUACUGGACAGGAACAAAGAAGGAAAGUUCACCCAGAUCAUCACCGAGAGCAAAAUGUACUGGAACACCUCAGAAGCCAGGUCCCGCAAGGUCACUUAACACUAGACAAGAGUUUAUCUUGGAGUUAAUGAAACUAAGGCUAGCACUAACUGUCUCUUUCUUGGCAGGCUUAUUUCACAUCACAAGCAGUACAUUAUCUCAGAUCUCUAAUACAUGGAUAAAGUUCUUAGCAGCUGAUCUAAAGCCAUUAAUUCAUUGGCCUGACAAGCUAUCAAUCCAAAUGACAAUGCCUAAGUCCCUGCAAAAAAUACCAGCAUUUAAGAUGUACCUUAGAUUGCACUGAAGUCUUUAUUGGUCUGCCAAGGAAUUUAGCUAACCAAGCUCUUACUUGGUCUGACUAUAAGAAACAUAAUACAGUAAUUUCUCGUAGGAAUUGCUCCCAAAGGUAUGAUAUCAUUCCUUUCACAUGCUUUGGGUGGUAGAGCUUCUGAUGUGCUCAUUACUCGAAAAUCAGGGAUCUUGGAAUUAAUUGAUCCUGGUGAUGUUGUUCUUGUAGAUAGGGUUUUUUUUUAAUCAAUGAAGAUCUACUACUUAGAGGUGCAAAACUAGAAAUGCCCCCACCUAGCAAAGGUAAAGAACAACAAACCCCUGGUGAUGUUGCAAAAAC